AUGAAACCAGUAGUUCAAUAUCUAAGAUCUAGAAAAUAUCUAUCACUUAUUUAUCUUGACGAUAUCCUCUGCAUGGAUAAGGACUUGGAAGGCUGUCAAGAGAAUAUUGACACCACCAAGAACCUUUUGUUAUCACUAGGUUUUCUUAUAAACUGGGAUAAGAGUAUUUUAUCUCCAGCACCGCGAUGCAAAUAUUUGGGUUUUAUAAUUGAUAGUAAUAGCCUUACUCUAGAAUUGACACACAAGAAGCAAAGGUCAAUAGUCGGUCGAAUAACAAAGUUAGAGAAAAGACAACUUUUUUCAAUUAGAGAUUUUGCACAGCUGAUAGGAUCGUUGGUGGCGGCCUGUCCAGCUGUCGAAUAUAGUCCGUUGCACUGUAAAUCGCCUGAACGGGCAAAAACUGAAGCGUUAAAUAUUAAUUAUAACAAUUUUGACCGGGUGAUGUCCCUACCGGAGUUUGCAAAAGAUGAUUUGACGUGGUGGCAAGAAAAUUUACCAACCUCUUGUCGUAAAAUUAGGUCAGGUAAAUUUGCCUUGGAAAUAUUUUCAGAUGCCUCAUUAACGGGCUGGGGUAUUUUCUGUGCGGGACAGAAAGCCCACGGAUUGUGGAAAAUCGAUGAGCAAAAAUUGCACAUAAAUUCUCUAGAAUUAAUGGCUGCUUUUAUUGGCCUAAAAUGCUUCGCAAUAGAUCUCAGAGAAUGCGAAAUACUCCUGCGUGUUGAUAAUUCAACAGCUAAGGCUUAUAUAAAUAAGAUGGGUGGCACUCAGUUUCCACAUUUACACAGAUUGGCUUGUGACAUUUGGAACUGGUGUGAGGCUAGAAGUAUAUGGGUCCACGCAGCGUAUAUUCCAUCCAAAGAGAAUGACAUUGCUGAUGAACAAUCUAGACUAAAAAAUAUUGAUACGGAGUGGGAAUUAGCGGGUUAUGCUUUUAGAAAAAUUGUCAGGCAAUUUGGUAAUCUCGCUAUCGACUUAUUUGCUUCGAGAGCUAAUGCGAAAUGUAGGUCGUAUUGUUCAUGGGAAAGAGACCCAGAUGCCCUAACGAUAGACUCAUUCACAAUCAGCUGGACAAAUAAGAGUUUUUACGCGUUCCCGCCCUUUGCACUCCUAAAUAGAGUGAUCCAGAAAAUAAUUAAGGACAAGGCUACUGGAGGAUCGUCACCACCCACUGGCCAGGAAACUUACCCUGGUUGCCGCGAAAUUGUCCGGAACUCUUUUUUAAAGAAGAAACUGCCAGAAUCUUCAACGGAGAUCUUACUAGCAUCAUUGACAGAGUCCACAUUGAAACAAUACAACAGCGCACUGAGAGAAUGGUGGUCAUUUGCACAAGAAAGGAGAUAUGAUCCUUACGAGACUAACCCAGUUAGAGUUUUGGAGUUCCUAUCCGAAAAAUUUAGGAAAGGUGCAACCUAUGGGACCAUCAACUCAGCAAAAGCUGCAACUGCGCUGAUUUCUUCCGAAGAAUUAUCUACCAAUGUGCAUAUAUCCCGAUUCAUGAGAGGGGCUUUCAAAUUGAGACCUACUAAACCAAAAUACGAUACAACCUGGGAUGUAGGACCAGUUUUAGAAAAGAUAGGUAAAGACUAUCCUCUAAGUAAGCUAAGCUUGCAUGACCUGACAAUGAAGACUGUGAUGCUAAUGGCCCUGGGAACGGCUCAUCGGGUGCAGACUUUAUCCUUGGUCUCACUUAAGAAUAUCACUGUCUCAAAAACAGGAAUUAAAAUAAAAAUUCCGGACAAAAUAAAGACAUCUAGGCCAGGUGCCUAUUAG